AUGCAGCUGAAUGCAUCCAGUAUCGACAAUACAUCCGAAUCGUUCGAUGGGGAUGAAUAUCUAUUGAUUGGUAGCAUGGGGCGGCCCCUUAGGAUCGUUUCUCGAUAUAAAUGUGUACCUGUUACGGCCCCAAACACGUCCCGUUCUACCUGCGAGUGCGCGCCAAAUUAUCGUGUUCCGAGUUCCGAAUGGCACGUGUCACCUGACAGAUAUGAAGCUGUGGAUCAGAUUUUUCAAGAAGUAACGAGCGUCUACAGAGAUUCCGAAGUUGAUUGGAUGCUAGUGUACAAUGCAGGUUGCACUAUAGAUGAUACAGUUCUACCCGAGCAUGUGACAGAACCCAACGAUCUCGAUCGCUUCAUCAAUGGAACGUUCAGAUUGUUUUUAACUGCUCUUCCUACGCCUCCAACAAUCGUUACCAUAGCCAGAUCUAGUGAGGACGAUUACACUCCUCUGGAAAAUGUUGACCAAAUUCAAGUUGACGUUCUCGACCAACUUCGUGAACGAUUGGGAUCGGAAAUAGAUAUCAAACUGAUUUAUCAAGACGAAGUACAACAGUAA